AUGAAGGCGGUCAUACCCGCGGCCCAAGACGCAGUUCAAGCGAUAACAUCCGCCGUUAGCAUCGACGGAGCAUCAUGGGGCAGAGCAGACAAAGCCAAAUGGCCGCACAACGUCACGGCUUUGCUGGUCUUCGUCGCGCCGACCUGGAUGUACAUCAACUGGCUAGCACUUGAGCACUACGAUGCGUCGCUGCUGGAAGCCGGCCGAGCACUCUUUCUGCAAGGACCGGUACAGCUUAUGAAGCACCAUUUCCCGCAGCCCACAUUUGCUGCGUUCGUUGGUUACGCUGCAUGGCUGGGACUGCAGACUGCGCUCUACGGUUUGCUACCUGGGAAGCAUUGUUUUGGCCAACGAACCCCUGGAGGCCAUUUGCUGGAGUACACGGCGAACGGACUCCUGGCUUGGGCGGUAACGCAUGGUCUGUACUUGGCCGCCGCGGUGACUGGGAUGCUGGAUCCGGCAAUUAUGGCAAAGCAUUGGCAGGGGCUGUUCGUCGCGGCCAAUCUCUAUGGUGUUGUUCUGGCUGUGCUUGCCCAGGUGAAGGGAUAUUGGUGUCCUUCGUAUCCUGCGGAUCGAAAGAUGAGUGGCUCUUGGAUCUUUGACUUCUGGGCUGGUGUCGAACUCAAUCCUCGGUUAGGCGACUAUUGGGACUUCAAGUUCUUUCACAACGGUCGACCGGGUAUCGUAGCUUGGACAUUGAUCGACCUCUCCUGGACAGCCUACCAAUACCAGAAUCUCGGCCACAUCGCCACCUCCAUGUGCAUUGUCCUGCUCUUUCACACAAUCUAUGUCGUCGACUUCUUCCUCAACGAAGACUGGUACACCCGCACCAUCGACAUCACCCACGACCACUUCGGCUUCAUGCUUGCCUGGGGCGACACGACAUUCCUCCCAGCCUUCUACACCCUGCAAGCGCAGUACCUCGCCCGCUACCCUGCCUACCUCAGCACAGCCCAGUCGGCGACAGUCCUCGUCCUAGGUAUCGGCGGGUACGCCAUCUUCCGCAUCGCCAACCACCAGAAAGACUACGUCCGCUCGCGAAACGGCAACGCAAUCCUCUGGGACCGCCCGGCGACAUUCAUCCGCUGUAACUACCGCACGAGCGACGGCAAAGAGCACAGCAGCAUCCUGCUCACGUCCGGCUGGUGGGCGGUCUCGCGGCACUCGAACUACCUAGGCGACUUGAUCUUGGCGUUCGCCAUGUGCGCGGCCUGCGGGGUGAACCAUGUGUUGCCGUGGAGUUACUUCUUCUAUAUGACGGUUCUGCUUUGCCAUCGCGUGUGGAGGGAUGAGCAUAGGUGUCAUAUCAAGUAUGGGAAGAAGUGGGAGGAGUAUUGCGCCAAGGUGCCGUAUCGGAUCAUGCCGGGGGUGUGGUGA